UGGUCAUUAACCCUUAUAACAAAGAACGCCUCUCAGUUGGUUCCGGAUGACUUGUCUUGGGCUUACAGCCUUACACAAACAAAGAAGAGGAUACAACACAUAUGAAAUGUAUGAUAACGAACGAUCAAUUUCUUGGACAGUUGGCAGUGGUCCAUAAACAUUAAACAACGACCCCAAAACCAAAAAUCCAAUAGAUAACUUCAAACUUCCCUCUACAAUACACCUCCCACUCCCACAGUCCCACGGUGGGGAGCGCCUAAUCUCAUCUUAAACUAUGGUGGUGGUUAUGGACGUUUUAUACCAGCCAACGAAGCCUUUAAUCACGUCGUCUUCGCCUUCGCCUUCAAUCUCCGACCGGAAUUUCAACUAUUAUGCUCAUGUAUCCACUAGGUACCAUCCGCUUCCGAGUACUAGCAGCAGCAGCUUCGGAUUACAUCGCAUCACUUCUCAAUUGGCCCCAAACUCAUCCAAAACAGAUGGAGGUUAUGGAUGUUCAUGGAUGCAAGACAACUCAACCUAUAAGUCUAUUAUAGCCAACCAUGAAAGGAGACAUGGCCCAUUACACUCAAUGUUUCCAUCUAGCCCUGCACAAGUUUCCUCUGUGGAAGAUCUUUUUGAAUUUAUAUGCUCAGGGCCCCUCAUAGAAAAACUUGGAUUCACUCCAGAAACAAUAGCAGAGUCUAUAGACAAGUGGUUGACAAAUGGAUUCCACCAGAUUUCUGAUCAUAGGUCCACUUUUAAAGAUGGAGAUGAUAUCCCUCCUUUGGUGAUUGGCUUUAGUGCACCACAAGGUUGUGGGAAAACUACACUUGUCUUCGCUCUAGACUAUCUUUUUUCAAAAACUGCAGGCAGGAAAUGUGCAACUAUUUCGAUAGAUGAUUUUUAUCUAACUUAUGAUGAACAGGCUAAAUUGAGAGAAAAAAAUCCCAGCAAUGCUCUUUUAGAGUUUCGUGGAAAUGCUGGAAGCCAUGAUCUUCCUUUGUCAAUUGAAACACUAACUGCUGUUAGUAAUUUGACUAAAGAAGGUAUGAAGAUGAAGCUGCCAAGAUAUGAUAAAUCUGCAUACAAUGGUAGAGGUGAUAGAGCUGAUCCUUCAACAUGGCCUGAAGUUGAAGGACCUCUAUCAGUAGUUUUGUUUGAGGGUUGGAUGCUUGGUUUCAAGCCUCUUCCUGCUCAAGUGGUCAAAGCUGUCGAUCCACAGCUAGAAAUAGUGAACAAAAACCUAGAAGCUUAUUAUGAUGCAUGGGACAAGUUCAUAAAAUCAUGGAUUAUCAUCAAAAUUAAAGACCCAAGCUGUGUAUACCAAUGGCGUUUACAGGCAGAGAUUGGAAUGAGGGAAGCUGGAAACCCAGGGAUGACUGAUGAGGAGGUUAUGGAUUUUGUAUCAAGAUAUUUGCCUGCAUACAACGCAUAUCUCCCUACACUCUACACAGAAGGACCAAAAGGAUCAGAUUCUAAUCAUACACUUAUUGUUGAAAUUGAUGAAGAAAGAAAUCCAAUCCUUGCUGGCUAGAGGCAACUAGUUACUUCCACCUAUUCGUCUUUCAAAGUCUUUAAUUUGUAGUAUAUUUAAGAAGCCUACAUGCAUUAUUAUAAAUAUUAGGCUACGAUUCUUUAUAUACGAUUUAUAUGUACCUUACCUAAAACUUAUUAUGCUACAUAUAUACACACUGCUUAACAAUUAAUGUAUAUUACAACUUUUAACAUUUCAAUAUCGUUGAUACACAGCAAAUAAAAUGUGUUAAGAUACAUAUAUAGGUAGAAAAGAUUGGUGUUUAAAAAUAGACACGUGUAGAAAAUGAAUAGGAAACACGGUUUUAGAGUUUAGAAAUAGUUAUAUGGGCUACUUGCAGCAGCAACAAUCACCAUCCAAACACCCAUGACACAUUUCCGGGCAGCAGCAACAGCAAAACAUUGUGAAGAAACUGGCAUAUAUGUAGCCCCUUUCGUCCUUUCGUUGUUGGAUUUGUUGAUGGGAUGACAUCACUUGUAUCUUUGGUGCUUCUGACAUCUCUUCUAUGUGUGGAUGUGGUUUUUUCUAAAACUAAAAGUAACAGAAAAGAAACAAAGCCAAUGUGGAUAUAUGGUAGUAUAAAGAAGGGUAUGCCUUGUAUUUAAUGAGGGUGGUGCAUAGUUGGUGGUUAUCAACCAACAAUAGCCAUAAGGUCCAGCCCCCAAGGCCCCAACCCAACACAAAUGUAAU